AUGGUUUUGACGAAAUUGGGAGCCGGGAAAAGAAUCAUGGAAGACAAAAUAGAAGAUGAAGCMCAGCAGCUUGUAGAGAUUUUUGCAAGUCAAAAAGGGAAACCAUUUGAUCCAAUACUGUUCAUCUCCAAUUCAGUCUCCAACAUGACAUUUUCCCUGAUGUUUGGAUACCGGUGGUCUGUUGAAGACCCAAACUUCGAGAAGCUGAUUAAAUCCAAUGAGUAUUUGUCGAAUUUUGGACUAACUAUCUUUUAUGCACUGUAUGAAUUGUUCCCAUCGAUCAUGGACCGCCUUCCAGGGCCUCAUAAGAAGGCAAUGGAGAUGACAGAGAUGAUGCUUUCACUAUCAAAGGAAGAAAUACGGAAACAUAAGGAGCAAGAGUCCACACAGGAGCCACGGGAUUUCAUUGAUUACUACCUGCGUGAAAUGGAGAAAGAGAAGAAUAAGAAUGAUCCCACCUCUACUGUGGAUGAAGAGAACCUGAUGCACUCUAUUCAUGACAUCUAUUUCGGUGGAUUGGCAAAUUCCAGUUCAAUUAUACAAUGGGCAAUCAUCAUUUUGGCAAACCGUCCAGAUGUCCAAGAUAAAAUCAUCAAGGAGAUAGAAGAUGUUGUGGGCUCCUCUAAUAUCUGCUAUGAUGACCACAAAAGACUGCCUUAUACUCAUGCAGUGAUUCAUGAAAUCCAGCGUUACAGAUUUCCCUCGAUAAUAGGAAUUCCAAGGCAAACUACCAGAGAUGUCCACAUGAGAGGUUACAUCAUCCCAAAGUUACAACUAAUCAAGAAGAAUGUUGACCAUGUUUUGGACAUUCUUGGAUGGUUCAUAACUAUUUGUCCAUACCUUGUUCCGGGAAACUCCCUGUAUCAAGGCUAA